AUGACAUAUCUAAUUUGUGUUGGUCAAAGACAUCCACACAAAUUUCUGAUAUCUCGAAAUACUGGUAACAUUUGGUCCAGUGAAUUAAUUCCGAGUUUUGCACAAGGAGCUCCAAUGUUUCAAAACCAGGAACCUGUUCCUUUCCGGUUUACUCGCAGUAUACAACAAUUUAUGACUCCAAUUGGUAUAGAAGGAAUUUUUUCUUCAGCAAUGCUUGCUAUUGGUCGAUGCUUGACUGAACCAGAGUUUGAUUUAGGCCAAUACUUGAGUAUUUUUAUUCGUGAUGAGUUAAUCACAUGGCAUUAUAUAAGUCAAAAACACCCUAAUGAUCAACUGCUUCGACAGAAAGUCUUAGAAACUGUUGAUCAAGUUGUUAAUAAGGCAAAGAUGAUUGGGAAUAUUGAUAGUAAUUGUGAUAAGAAUGGUAAUAGGUCAAUGUAUAGCUCAAUUUCGGACUUAAUAGCAAUGGCAAGUAACCCACAAAAUUUAGCAAAUAUGGAGUCAAAUUUGGAAAUCGUCUCUACGAAUGAGUUCCCCCCGUUAUUAUUAUGUUAUCAGUCACAGGACAUUGCAGAUCAAUCAUCAUAUAAAGACAUCAAAAAAAAAAGUGCAACUUCAAACUACUAA